AUGGCCCCAAAUACGAAUCCAAACGAAUUCGACCCUGAGGGCAAGAACCGGACCCAACGUGACACAUACGUUGAAGGGAAGUUGAAGGAGUAUAAAGAGGCAGAGGACGUGGUUCUAUGGGCUAUAUUCAAACAAGACUUUGAAAAAUGGAGCCUUGACCACCUCCGGCAGACGUCUUUUCUACUGCUCAGCAAGCUUAUCACUUUACUCAAGAGCAACGGCGUGUAUGUUGACGAUACGAAAGGUUAUCUUAUUGCCGAAAAUGUAGCAACAGCUGCCGCCCAGCGAGAGCCCCAUGAGUGGACCGAAACUGAGGUUAUUGCACACCUCCGAAAGGGUAGGACCUUCGAAUCAUCAGAUAUAAACACCAGAUUCACGUCCGUAAUCGCUGCCAAUACCCAACCGCAAAGAAUUGUUGCAACGACCCCCGAACCGGAAUCCCACCUUCGUACGGUCCCGGAUACGCCUACACCGUACCAAAGAGCUCAUACCGGAGUUGUAACAAGAUCAAGGUCAGACUUAGACCCGGCACUAUCGUCAAAUGCAGCCCCGGAGACACCGUACCAAGCGACAAGAUUUUUGACCCCAUUCACACCAGCCCUAGCAUCUCGUACAACCGCAGGAACAACAGCCCAGCUACAUGGCAUCCCUGAAUUGCAGGAGCAACAGAAUAUUAACACACAAAGCCUACGGCCGCAGCCACAAUAUACAGCUGUACAAGCAAUUAUAAAUAUCGGUAAGAGCUAUAACGGUGCAUCCGAGCUUAAAUAUAAAGGCUCUGGUGACUCAUUCAAAAGGAAGCUGAAGAUCUUCUAUGGCUAUUGCCGUCAGAACGGACUGCCCAACACCCCCGAAUCGUACAGAGAAGCACUACCGCACAUGCUCAGGGACGCAGCCCUUAGCUACUACUGGGACAACAUCGACCUAUGGAUCGUACAAGGAAAGGAUCCAGCGGAAGAGAUUAUCGCUCGCUUCGAAGGACCGGAGCACCAGCGAUCUAUAAAAACUGAAUGGUCCGCCACAACGCUAGCCAGUACGAUCCAGGCCAACCCGGAGAAAUCAGUGUACGAGUGCCUCAAUUCAAUGCUGGUGCAACUACAAGAUUUAUUUUAUUGCCUACCGGACGAGCUGCAAACACAGACAUACUGGCACAUGAAGCUACUUGAAGCAACGAGCACACAUCCAGCAUGUGACUGGGCUACGGCAAAGCCAGCGCCAACUGUACCAGGCCUAAUUCAGGACCUCCAAUCGAAUGUGAGACAGUAUGAACGUAAACAACAGAGCAACGUUCAUGGCAUCAACUUUACGGACCGCCGCUACAACACCCGCCAGCCGUCACGUUCGCCGCACCGAGGUCGUUCAUCAUAUGGGCAAGGCCGCUCACGAGAACGAAGCAACUCACGAUACCCGAGUCGCUCACCGCGCCGCUACUCCCGAGAUCAUGCACCGCAGGUUUGCCAUGUCUGUAAGAAGCCGGGCUGCUGGUCUACAGAGCAUACCGAGGAAGAACGCCGAGCCACUAGGAAGCCAUACGAAGCUGUAAUAGACCAAUAUAUUGUACAAAAAGAAGGCAAAAAGGACACCAGCAAAAGCUUCGAAUCGUACCUUACUGAGAUUGACAAACCCAGCCAAUAUAACCUCCCGGACCGCGAGAAGCAUCUAACCGUACCCGAAUAUGCCUUUCUCACAGAGGACCGAUACUCGUCAAACACGUUUAUGGGACUACUUAUUGAUACUGGUGCUGCGGAGAUCUCAACGGCUGGAUACGCCCAGUAUCUCGCAUAUCGAAAAGUCGCCAAGAAUAUUACGAUUGAUACCUCAACCACCGGAGCAGCAAGCAUCAGAUUCGGCGCCGGUGAACCGUUACAGUCCCUAGGUUCAAUUGAUAUAAAGACCCCAAUUGGCACCGUACGAUUCCAUAUUGUCGAAGCCAUGACACCUUUCCUACUCUGUAUCAAGGAUCUCGACCGCCUCAAGGUUUAUUAUGAUAACACGAAGGAUCUCCUUGUUCGCGACGAACCGUACAUGACCGCACCAGUCGUACAACGAUUCGGCCAUCCUUUUCUCAUUUGGGAUUACUCCCUUGUAUCGUACAUCAUACAGUCCUUUGACGAAGACCAAUGCUUUCUCACAGCCGCCGAACUACGUCGUUUACACCGCCGAUUCGGACAUCCUUCUGUCGGACGACUACACAAAACCUUAUUACGCGCAGGCUACGAUGCAAAUCCCAAAGUGAUAGAAAGGAUCAACAAAUUUUGCCACCAUUGCCAGACGUACGGGAAAUCACCUGGCCGCUUCCGCUUUACACUACGGGACGAGGUCGAAUUCAACCAUUCAAUCAUUGUGGACAUCAUGUAUAUCAAUGGCAAGCCGGUGCUCCAUAUCGUGGACGAAGCAACACGUUUUAACGCUGCAUGCUGGCUUACGAGCAUAUCCGCAAAAGCGACAUGGGAUGCACUACAAAUGUUGUGGAUCGACAUGUACCUUGGCCCUCCAGAUUUUAUUGUUACCGACGCAGGAAAGAAUUUCGUAAGCAAAGAAUUUACACAGCUCGCCUCAUCUGUUAGUACGAUUACGGUCAACGUUCCUGUCGAAGCACAUUGGUCAAUUGGUGUUGUUGAACGUUACCAUGCCGUACUACGUCGCUCGUACGAGAUCAUUUCGGAAGAAGUACCAGAGCUUGCACCUGAAAUGGCGCUUCAAAUGGCCGUCAAAGCUGUCAACGAUACCGCAGGUCCAGAUGGCUACGUUCCUACACUUCUCGUCUUUGGAGCGUACCCCCGAAUAACGGACUACAGUCCUCCCGCAUCCACGGUUGUUCAACGCGCUGCUGCAGUCAAAAAAGCAAUGACCGAAGUACGAAGGCUUCACACCGUACGCCAAGUCAACAACGCGCUCAAUACUCGCAAUGGACCGUCGUCUACGCUCGUGCACCGUCUUCCUCUCAAUUCGGACGUGCUUGUAUGGCGUGAAGGUGGGACUGGAUACCCUGGCAAAUGGAAAGGACCGUACAAGCUCAUAUCAAUCGAUGGAGAAACGUGCACCGUGGAGCUCCCCAACGGACCUACAAAGUUUAGGUCAACUGUCGUCAAACCGUACUACAAAGAUGACGAUUCGGAGCACAAAGAUGACGAGCAGCCAGCUCCAGAGGAAGCACCACCUACGGCACCGUUAAACGCACCAACUCCCACACCUCAAGUCGCUACACCACCGUCCAAGCCUAAUAACGCCAAAGCACAACCGUCACGUCCUCAACGCGAGCACCGUUUACCGUCUCGUUAUCGAGAUGACCUCACGUACUUGCAAGAGAUUGACAACACGUGCUUAAAGGAAAUCGCGGAUAUCUUCACCCAACUCGUACAGCUCACUGGCGACGGCCAGUUCGACGAAUCGCGCCGCAAAGAGGUUACCGGACUACUGGAAAGAGGCGUAUUCAUGGCCGUCAAUCGAGAGGAUAUCCCGCCAGAUGCCCGCAUCUACGGCUUCAGGUUCGUCGACGAGGUCAAGAAUAAAGGCACCAACAAAGCGUUCGAGAAAUCGCGGCUCGUCGUACAAGCCUAUAACGACAAGGACAAAGAAUUCGUACUAACGCAGUCACCUACGAUUCAGCGCUCUAGCCAACGCCUGAUUCUCUGUAUCGGGAUAAGCAAAGACAGAGUAUGGUUCUGGAUCCGCGACGUCACGCAGGCCUAUAUACAGUCGACGACGAAGCUCAACCGCGAAUUUUAUAUUCAAAUACCACCCGAAUUGCGUCACUUUUUCCCCGGCUGCGAAUUCUUGAAAGUCGUACAGCCAUUAUAUGGCAUCCCUGAAGCAGGCAACCACUGGUUUCACACCUACCAUAAGCACCACACCAAGCAACUUGGCAUGGAGACCUCCACAUACGAUCCAUGCCUCCUUCACUGCUGUGAUCCGGAGCAAGGAUUUGGUGUGAUCGGCAUGCAAACGGAUGACACACUCAUUGUCGCUGACGAAGCCUUUGCCGCACGAGAAGAAGAGCAAAUCAAACGUGCGAAUAUCCUUUGCAAGCCCCGUGAACAGCUCACAACUGGCAAAUCGCUACGAUUCAACGGUGCGGUAAUUACAGAGAAUGCCCAGGGUAUUACUCUUACCCAAGAACGCACCUGUAAGAACAUUCGGCUCGUACAAGAUCACCCUUCGGAUACGGUCAGCUCCCGUGGCAAGGUUCGCAAAAACGCAUCUCCGCACGAACAGUACAUUGCCCAACGAGCCCUUGGUGCGUAUAUUGCUUCCGUCUCACAACCCGAAGCCUCGUUCGAUCUAUCCUUCGCAGCGCAAGCUACACAACCGGGAAAAGAGGAUAUAAAGGCGCUCAAUAAACGACUUCAAUGGCAGAUUGACAAUUCCACCCGCGGGCUACGGUUCGUCAAGAUCGAUCUACGGACUGCAAAACUGUACGCAUUCGUUGAUGCUUCGUUUGCCAAUAACAAGGACUCUUCUUCCCAAAUUGGCCACGUUAUCGUACUCGCAGACGCACGAAAUAAUGCGAAUAUCCUCCAUUGGUCCUCCACCAAGUGUAAGAGGAUUACCCGAAGCGUGCUCGCUUCAGAAAUGUACGGUAUGGCCAAUGGAUUUGAUGCGGCCGCAGCAAUCAAAUCAACCCUCACCCAGCUGCUGCAUCUUUCGGAGCCGCUCCCGCUAGUCCUUUGCACCGACUCGAAGAGCCUUUACGAAUGCCUCGUCAAGUUGGGUACGACCCGCGAAAAACGCCUCAUGAUCGAUCUCAUGUGCCUCCGUCAAUCGUACGAACGACAAGAGAUCACGGAGGUGAGAUGGAUCAACGGCAACAGCAACCCUGCCGACGCGAUGACCAAGAGCAAGCCCUGUCGCGCUUUACAAGAGCUUAUCGAUACGAACAAGCUACGCAUCGACGUUGACGGUUGGGUCGAAAGGCCGUCAACAAAGCGCACCUCCGAGUCAAAGAACGUACGAUUCGCGACACCUGUCGCUACACCGGCUCCAUAG